AUGGACAAGACACAAGCCACCAUGUCUGUUCCUGACGCACCUUCCAAAUUCCCAAAACUGACAACGGAUUACCCGGCAGGCCUUGUCCCCUUACCAGGUCCUUGGUCCAACCUGCCCCUAAUUGGUACUGUAGACAAAUCAAACCUGGCACCUCACUCACCACCCGUGUCGAUGGUGGAGCUUCCACGGAUGGUGUCCACAGUGGGCCCUGAGUUGGCUUCUGGUGAGUCCUUAUGGAUGGAGGGCCCUUUGGUGAUGCCGUCAGUGUUGGGAGCAGACAUUCCUAUUAAGGUUGAGCGGUCAUCGCGUGAGGAUUCAGCAGUAGACAGUUUCACAGAUGACAGAGCUUACAAACCUAAGUGCAGUGAUCAAGGCAAUAAGACAAUAUUGGUAAAAGGGAGCAAGUCCAAAUCUAAACCACUCACUGGUGUUGAAGCUGUAGAAAUCCUGGCAAAGAAGCGGCACCUUGGAGAGUUGCAGUUCUACCACUUUCACAAGGUGGAGAGUGUGCAUUUUAGGCCUUAUGAUUUGCAGAUGGUUCCCAGUAAUAAGGCUGGGACAGAUUACUACAUCUUUUCACCGUUCACUGUGAUGCAUGUCCAGGAUGGCUGCAACACAACAGUCCUGUCACUGGCGGAGUGGUACAGAGAGGCCGUGCUCUGGCGGAGUCUCAGAGACAUUCCAUUUUUCCGAGACUGUUUACUACGCAAGGCUUUUACCUGCAGGUGGCAGAGGAAUGUACGUCGGAUGACAUUCCAACGCAGGGCCAUCCUGCUGCAGGAGCAGCUCCCCAUAGCUGUGCCUCACUUCAGAGAUGCUCUCCUCCAAAUGUCAAGAUUAAUUGAAGAGUUGAAAGAGGUUCACUGGCUACCGCAGGAUGUCUCCAAGAUGUACACACUUGUUGACUUUCAGAUGGCUCUCAAUGAAAAGAACCAAGAGUCUCAAGUGUUUCUGGAGAAGUUCCUGCUGUAUCGCUCAAUGAUAUUGAGCAUGGUACAUGAGGACAGUUAUAUGGCCCACCAGGAGCUGCAGCUCCGUAUAAAGCAGUGCCAGACCAACCAGCGCAGCCAACCCCUGCACCAGCUGCUGGAGCAGCAGAGCAGCCUUCAGAGGGACCUUGCCCAUGCCGAGUCCAUCCUGCAGCGGCUCGGUAACAUGGCCUCUCUGGUGGACUGCAUGAUUGUGCAAAAUCUGGUUACCAUAAUUCAUCGUGAAGUCACGUCUUUCCUCCAUGUAGUUUUGAAGAGAGAGAGAGCUGAGCAGGUCAGUCUGUUUCAAGGAGAGCUCAUCUUUGGAGCAGAUGACAAGUUGACAAUGUUCCCACCACUUCACCUGUUUAAGGAUGUUUUACAUGGCGCAGUGUCAUCAGUUGCAGAUUUGAUUAUGCAGACAUUUGAUUCCUGUAGCCGUCUGGCUGACGGUAUAUCGACCAGCAGUGAAGUGACUACUGUGAAGGCUGGCUUUACUCCAGAUGUCAGUCUAAGUCACAGUGCAGGGGAGACCAUGACCUCAGCUCUGGAGCCAAAGAGCGGUGUGUUAACAGGUGUGAGCAGCACAUACCCCAAGCGUGAAGCGUGUGUGCUGGGUAGCAGUCUAGUGCUGCCCCACCAGCCUCCCCUGAUGCUGCGGGGUCAGAGGUUGCGGGGGCAUUACUUCCCCCUCUCCCAGAGACAGCUGGAGUGGUACCUGGGCCUCAGUGCCACCGUGGAGGAGGUCGUGAGAGAACAGGCCAAGAUCAUGCAGGAUGCUCAGGCAGAAGUACAUACGCUUGGACCAUUGUUGAACUCUAUUGAAGAGGAUUUCCUCUCCUUGGUAACAGAGGAGAUUCAGCUGCGCUCUGAGAAUCUGAUCUCGGAGCUCAAGAGUGUUGUGGAUGGCCUGCAAGCUCAGCCUACUGACUUCAAUGACUUUACUCAUUUUGCCAGCAUGGUGGAACGCUGUAAGAAGAUGUCCGAAGACGCACAGCCACAGCUGGAGUACAUCCAUUCCCUCCAGGAGACCCUCAGCAGGAACUUCAGACGCAUCACUCCUGAGGAGGUGGCACUGGAGGAACAGGCAGAGGAGACAGUCAGCCAUUGUCUGCCCUCAAUGGCAAACACCCUUGAUAACAGCUUCCAGUCCCUUAAGCAAGACCUAGAGGACAUGGUGUCAGGUGCAACCAUGGCUGACUACCUGGAUCCCAACCAGAAUGCUGCACAGUUUGCGGUGGCAAAAGCUCAGGAGAAGUUGGAGAAAUUCCAACCGGUGGACAAGAUAUUCCGAAAGAUGAUUCAGAUAAUACUGAAUGACCCUCAAGUACUGAACAUUGUGCAGCAUAAUAAGAAUACACAAUCAGCUCACUCCUUCCAGGGAAACAGUUUGCGCGAGCUCAUCACUGAUGGACUGUCGACUAUGGAUAAGAUAUCCUGUGAACUGACCUAUCGCCUGGAUGCACCACGGAGGGCAUUUCCCAGGUUAUUCUUUCUCAGCGAUGCUGAGGUGAUCAAACUGCUGUCACUGCAUCCAACACCCAUGACCCUACUGCCAGUGGUGCGCAAGUGUUUCCAAGGAGUGCGCUGGCUUGAAGUAGACAGCAAGGUGGACAUACCCACAGGACAAAAAGUUGUUAAUCCUAGCAAUGGGAUAGAUCUAAUCUCAACAGACUUUGCCAGAAGUAAGGAACAAGCGGAAAUGAAUGACUCUAGUACCGUGGCAUCUCUAACUGACUUGCUGUCUCAGUUCCCUCUGCAAUGCCUUUUGGUGUCAGAGGAAGCCAGGUGGUGCAGUGAUGUCCAGAAAACCUUUCAGAGCACAAGCAGAGUCAAAUGGGAGCGUGUCAAAAGCAGUCUAAUGAAAUAUCACUUUCAAAAUGACAAAGAGCCACUGUUAGGCACGCAAGAGAGUCUUUGCAAUGCUGAAAGAUCAUGCUAUGUUGAGAUUUUGGGAGACAAGCUCACCUAUGGUUAUGAAUAUGUAGGACCUGAGAACUGGAUGAUAGUAAGCAGUCCCAGCACAGAUCGAGCUGUCUUGGGAAUCCUACUUGCCCUCACCAACUAUAGGUGUGGGUUCGUCAGUGGGCCUUGCAUGUCUGGAAAGAGAAAGACUGUGGUUAACUUAGGGCAAGCUUUAGGACAGCAUGUGGUUACAUUAAAAUGUCAUACCAAUACGCACCCAUCUGUUGUUGGCCAGAUGUUGUUGGGUGCUCUGAAAACUGGAUCAUGGCUUGUGCUGCAAUCAGUUGACUCUUUGACCCAGGGAGCUCUGUCGGCAUUGGGACAGCAACUAUCAGACAUACAUCAGUCCUUUUUAUCUGUUCUUGGCCACUCUCAGUCAAACAAGGACACCGGGCACUGGUCAAAUGACAGGUUUGAAGACACGGUUGGAUACAGACUCAGCAAACCUGAUAUGGUGGAGGGUCGGAUGGUUUUCACAGGGAAGUCCAUUUCAGCAAAGCUCAGCUAUGGCUGUGUUGCCAUCUCAUCAAACAGCUACUCAGUUGAGAUGCCAGAGAAUUUAAGAUUUGCUACCCGGCCUAUCUCAUUAACUGUACCAGAUUAUGUCAUCAUUAUGGAGUAUGAGAGGCAUGCCUAUUUGCUGGAAUUGCUGGUGGAUGCCAAUCAGCCAACAAUUGUUGUCGGGGAGACAGGGUCAGGGAAGACCACGCUCUGCCAGUCUGUUCUCAAUCAAGGCAGACAGCUCAUUCGAGUCCCUGUCACCCCUCUUCUUCACAUCCCUGGCCUGAGGAAAGCUCUAGAGAACAUGAGAUGCCAACAGUCCCCUGCGGAGAGAAAGGGGAAGAGCAUGAAUCAGUCUGGAAUGUUACUGUUUAUUGAUGACCUCCAUGAGGCCCCCCUUGUAUUGGGUCCGAAGGCCAAUGUGCUCAAUAUCGCUCGCCUCUGGAUGCACGAGUGCUUACGAACCUUUGGGGAUCGCUUAAGCUCUGAAGAGGACAUUCAAACAUUCAUCAAGCUUUUGGCAGAAGUGUCAGAAGGACACUUUGGUAAAAGAUUAGCUGCUGAGCCUCUGACAGACAAACAGGACACAUCUAGAUCUGCAUGUGCAUCACCACAUGCAGGAUCUGUGGGGGCUAAGUCAACAGACUCAAAGCAGAAACAGGCAGUAGAUGGUAACACACUAAUCAAGGCCUUGAAUAGAUCUCAAUUGUCUGAAAAAGUACACCGUAAGGAGAAAUCACUCUUCAGUAGCUCAGACUCGAGUAAUGGAAGUGACGAGGACACAUGUGGUGAAAAGCCUGCGAAAAGCAAUGCGGCGAUAACCCCCAGAAGGAAAAGAUAUGUGGAAAAAGGCAAUAAGACAGAUGAUUCACAAGAUGAACAGCUGGACCCUACAUUUCAAGCACCAAAGUUGAACACGAUGCUGACCAUAUUGAAAAGCCCGAUGUUGAAGAAGCUUCGUAAAAAAAAUCAACUGCUGAAAGAGCAGGUCUGUCACAGUCCUUGGGUAACUAAUGUUGAUUCUGUUCCUCCCCUCCAGUUCCUUAAAGGCAUGAGAGCCACCAUAUAUAGUGCAGUAUUCUGCCCAGAACUCCCAGAGCCCCUCAACUCUGUUUCACAGCACAAUAACUUCAAACGCAACUCAGUAUACCAGGAAAGACGCUUGGACAUACUGGCACAACAGCUAGCACUCACUGUAAAGGGCAGAGAACAGGAGGAGGAGACUGAGGGCAAUGAUCAGUGGGCAUGCACUGCCAGUUAUGCGGUAUACAAAGCAAGGGUGCGGCAGCUCAGUCACAUUCUGCGUGCCUUGCUAAUACCUGGUGGACAUGGGGCUCUCCUCUGCAAUGCCAAGGGCACAGGACGCAAAACCACAGUGCGUUUAGCAGCCCUUCUGUCUGGGUACAAGCUGAUGGAGGUCCAUGGGAGGAAUGAGGACAAGUUUAGGGAAAUGCUCAGGGAUGCAGGAAGCCUCACUGGCAUGCAGGGCGUUAAAAUGAUAUUGCUGGUCCAUGAAAAUAUCAGUCAGGCCGUCAUGGAUGAGCUUCUCAUGGUAAUGGCAAGUGGAAGUGUGCCAGACCUUUACUCAGAAGAAGAUCAGAAAGAUUUGAUUCAGAGGAUCGUUACCUCCGGGAACAGUUCACGAAGUCGGCUAAAGGAUGAUCAGGCACUUGAUAAAUACUUCAGAAAUAUUCAAAGGAACCUUCAUGUAUUCUUGCUCCUGCCCUUAAUUAAAGAGGAUGCUGACAGAUCUGUCAAGUGUGCUGUACUUUCAGCACAUAUUAAAAAAGCGCUGAGUCUUUGCCACUGUGUAGAAAUCUACUCACCUUGGACAGGUCAAGAUUUGGUUGAGAUUGCCCAUCACCAAUUUAAAAACCACCCCCUAAAUGCUGGCAGUGAAGUCGACAGAGACACCUUAACAGCCAGCAUAUCUUGGGCUAUGGCUUGUAUUCAUCAGUCAGCUGUGAGAUAUGCCGCCAACUACCUUCCAGGCCAACAACCAUUUACCUCUCAGAAAUAUGUGGAGCUAAUAGCACACUACCUCCAGCUCUGUAGCCAAAUGCGUACCCAAGGCCAAGGCCAUGCCAAUAGGAUGGUUACGAUUCUUUCACGUGUGCGGGAUAUUGCAGACAUAGCUCAACAAAGCAGACAGCAAGUUAUCACUCUGAAGGACAGAUUGAAGACUAUGCAGAAGGACCAUGCUCUGUUGCUACGAACUCAAGAAACAGAACGCACAGUGUGUACCCGGACGCGUUGGCACUCCACCCUGGAGAAAAGCCGCCUUGAUGAGUUAGAGGAGCAGGCUCUCAAAGCCAACAAGCAGGUUGCAGAGGCUUUAAAUCAGGUGACCCAACUGUACAAUAAAACAGUAAAUGCUCUGAAAAGUUUAAGUCAAGUUGACUUGGAAGAGGUCAGGGGAUACCGUUGCCCACCUGAAGGAGUGGUGUUGGUCAUGGAUGCAAUAUGCAUGAUCUUUGACCGCCCCAGAAAUUGGGAAAGUAGCAAAAAGCUCCUGGGGCAACCUCAUUUCUUUCAGGAAUUGGAAUUUUAUGACCGCAGAAGCAUUGACGACAAACUUUACAAGAAGCUCUCCACUAUCAUGCUCAUGCCGGAGUUCCAGCCUGUUGUGGUGCGCUCCAAGAGCCGCGCCUGCGAAUCCAUCUGCAACUGGGUGCGGGCGCUGUACGAGCACGCCACCGUGAUGCGCAGCAUCGCUCCGCAGCAGGUCCAGAAGAAAGAGAUGGACGCCAGCGUGGAGGAGAGCCGCAAGCACAUGCAGGAGGUCUGCAUGCAGGAGGAGUUUGCCAAGGAGCGCUACGAGGACGUGCAGCGCAGGAUCGAGGCCAAUCGCCAGGGCAUGGAGGAGGUGUCCAUGCAGGUGCGGUUGAAGGACGUGCAGGAGCGGGAAGCGACCAACACCCUGAAGCAGAUUGAGUACCACAUAGCUAAAUGGAAUGCUAGAAAAAAGGAAAUAGAGAUGAACUUUCUCACAAUUCCUGGUGAUGCCCUUAUUUUGGCGGCUGUUAUCACUUACUUUGGUCCAUUUGGAUCCGAUGUCCAAAUGGAGCUCCUUGAUAAGUGGCGUGAGCUGUGCCUUCAUGGUCACACCAAGUCCAACCCAAUAAUAACUGACUCUUUGGAGAGCUCUUUGUAUUCCCCUCCGGCCUUCGCCAUUCCAAUGGACAAGCAUCUGCAAAAGACUUUAGCAAGGACCGUAGGAGAUGAGCAGUGCGUGGAUCUGUGUGUAUCUCCAGGCUCUGUCAUAAAGUUGCUUUUAUGGUUCUAUAGAAGUGGUUGGGCCCCGUGUUGGCCUUUACUAGCUGACAUACAGCAACAUGAAGAAUUCCGUUCACAGUGCAUGGGAGUUAAAGGUAACGUUGAUGUGGAGAAUGAGUAUGGACUGGUUGUCAGUGCGGAUGACCCAAAUCUUUUGGACAAACUGAGUCACGGAGCAGAGAACGGACUAAAGGUGAUGGUGACUCAUACUGAGCGUCUUGUACCCAGCCCAGAGUUUUUGGAGUUCCUGGUUCAGCCAUCCGGUAGCCGAGCUCCUGGUUUCAUUUGUCCUGUCCGGUCCUCCAAUCCCGAUUUCUGCUUGUUCUUCAGCACCCCACUAUCAGUGCGGUCCGUGCUAAGGGAGAUUCAUCCUGCGAUAUUGAAGGAGGUUCAGGUGAUUGAUCUGUCUCUGAGCUCGACUGAACUGAAAGAGCUCAUGAUGAGUGAAAUUCUACAGUCAGAAAACCCAGACCUGUGGACGCAGCACUUCCAGAUCAGAAGCAAAAAACAGUCACUGGAGGACAAGUUACACCAUGAGGAGAUGUCGCUCAUGGAGUACGUUCUCCAGUCCUUCACGCCUCUUCAGCAGGACCUUGCCUUCCUCCCACGUGUGGCGGCCUGUCACAAGGCCAGUCAGAUGUGGCAGGGCGACAUUGAACAGUACUCCCAAGACCUCGAGUGCCACAAGCCGCUGCUGUUGCACUACCGCUACAUCACGGACCUGGCCGUGGCCUUCUACCGGGCGCUGCAGCAGGUGGCCGUCCUGUCCCCCCUGUACCUGUUCACCCUGAGCAACUUCCUGACCGCCUUGCACCACACCCUCCUGUCCAAGGGGCAGCCCAACUUGUCGUCCGGCAGCGAGGGCUCUGCGGUGACCAAGGUGACCAAGCGGCUCGUGCUGCAGCUGAUGACGCACUACCGGCCCUGCGUGUUCCAGAGCCACUUCGCCUUGCUCCGGCUGCUGGUGUCUGUGGCCUUGUUUGUGCACAGCGAAGACUACACCAAAGAGGAGCAAGAGGCCUUCCUGCAUGGCCUGAGCGACUCCCUGCAGGUUUCACUAGAUAGUGCGCCGAGCCUCAAACUCCCAAGUUGGAUCCCCUCCAGCGUCCACACAGAGCUCAUGCAGCUUGAGAAAAUCCCAACCUUCUGUGGGCUCAUCAAGUCGUUGGCAGCCAAUGCCGACCAGUGGCAAGAGUACCUGAGUUUCCCGUCCUCCACUGUGAUUGGUCCCAUCCCCUGCCAGUCACAUGCCCAUCUAUCCAUCAUGCAGCGUGCCCUCCUCUGGAAGACGCUCUUCCCCAGCUGGCUGGCGGCCGUGGCCGAAGACCUCGCCGCCUGCCAACUGGGUCAGCCUGUUCACUCGGCCCCACAGGUGGGCUCCAUCCGGGCCCCGCACACAGGCUGCCCGGAGGCUCUCGCCCGCUACCUGCACAAGAACGAUGGACCGGUGAUCAUACAGCUGCCUCACCCAAGCCAGGGGGUGUCAGCAAGCGCCCACCCGAUCCACUGGCUCACCCAGAUCGCCCAGAUCCCCGGUGACACGAGAGUGGUCAAGACGAUCUCUUUGGGGACAAAUAGUGAGAAAAAGUUGAUCCUCAGAGAGCUCGAACUAGGUGCCGAGAAAGGCCAUUGGGUGGUCCUGAACAACUGCCAUCUUGUGAAAGAAUGGGAUGAGGAGGUAGUCCGCAAGCUCACUCAUAUAUUGUCCAUAGCAGCUAAAGGACCCAAGGUGGAGGUGGACCAGGCAUCCCCUUUUGCUACGGCUCAUGUCCAUCCUCUGUUCAGGGUUUGGUUCAUAACUCAGGGGGAAAACCCAUGUUCAGUGCCAGCUGUUGUCAGAGUAUGCGCCCUUCGGCUGGUGUGCGACUCUGCCUGGGACCUGAAGGAGCAGGUGUGCUCGUCCCUGUACUGUGUUGCGCCUCACCUGUCCUCCAGCACGUCCCCCCACAGCUCCAGCUCCAGCUCCAUGGAGCCCAUUCUGCGCUGUGCCACGCUGCACUCUGUGCUGCUCCAACGACAAGCCUUCCAGCACUUGGGUCAGGGCGGCCUCUACAACUGGACCCAGGAAGACCUCGUGACUCUGAUAGAAGCUCAUACCCAGCUCAGUAAACACUGCAGUGACACAACUGAGGCAUUGGAAUAUAUUGCAGCGUAUCUGGUGUACGGCGGUCAUGUGUCCGACUCUGCUGAUCUGGAGGCGGUGGUGGGGGUGACCAGGGCCUGCCUGCGCUCUCCCUCAGCCUCGUGGGGCAGCGGCCCACACACCCUGGCACACAUCAUCAGCUCCUCUGGCCACUUGGGCUUCCAGGGUCUUGACCACCAUGUUCAAAACCUCCGUGACACCAACGACCCUCUCCUACUGGGCUUCGGCUCUGGAAUGGCCGUGGAACAGGUCAAGCUGCACAGCCACUCUCUGCUCACCCUGCUGCACCGGUCACAGAGCCUGCUCAGUGGCCCCCGAGCUCUGACCGGCACGUGGAGGCAUCACGCCUUACUACCGGACUACAAGGAGACCCAGGCAAAGCUGUUGGCCAUUCAGACCUCUCUGCAGCACACGAUAGAUGGUAAAGGGGUGGGAAGCGGAUCCCUUGGGCCCAUGCGUGACUUCCUGCUUACGGAAAAGGACCGGUUGGUAGAGCACGUGGCUUCCCUGCUAGCCAGCCUCUCCACACCAACCUGCAAGGCGCCAUCCUCUUGGACCGAGUGUACAGUUCAGGCUCUCGGCAAACUGGAGAAGAGAGCCGGUCUGCUGCAAGACUACCUGGGGGAGGACUUGUCCAGCUCGACGUUCUUUGCCUGUGUCCUGUCUGUGUUCCAGAAUCCACAAGGCUUCCUUGCUGCUCUCAUCAGGCAGACUGCUCAAGAUAAGCAGAAGGACGUCAGCCAAGUGUAUCUCCAGUAUCAGGUGCUAAACAUUUCCGAGUCUCCUUCAUCCCCUCCCCUCAACCGUGUCUACUUGGGAGGGCUGGAGCUGCAUGGUGCCGUGUGGGUGUCCAAGUAUGCGGCUAUACAGGACACCCUCUCCCACAAGCCCUGCCCCUUACCACUGGUGCUGGUCUGGGGGCUCGAGAGAGCCGACGAGCCGACUCGAGAGAACCUCUCCCCUGGCAGCCCCCAGAGUAGUACCUCGGCCUUUCCAGUGUACAACUGCCCCCUCUACCGGGACCCACAGCUCACAGACGGAGAAUGGGACCUCUCGGAGAAAAACAUCAUAACACAUAUUCCUCUGGUGUCUAAGAUUGACCCAGUGCUUUGUGCUCAGAGGCGAGUGAGGUUGAUCUGCACCCUGUGAAACAAGCUCCAAAUCAUAGUUUGAUUAGAUUUGUUAUAGACUUUGUAUAGAAGAAACUGUUACAAAAAUUCAGCAUCUGAUAUUUGUAUGGUCACUCACUUAAAUAUUUUGAACAAAAUAAAUGAUCAGUUUUGUAACAGUAAUUUCCUGUGUAAUACUUUUAUCUCAAUCAGAAGGUACCGGUAGAUAACAUAAUUUUUUAGAUUUAUAGAGAUUGAGCAGCAGUAACUCACACGUCCGGUUUCCUUUCAACGUGGCAGGAUCUUACACAAGUUUCCUGUGAAUUGUAGAAGUGUGUUUUUUCACAUGCAGCCUCCCAUUCGAUCUAGCUGUA